UUAUAUAUAUAUAUAUAUAUAUAUAUAUAUAUNGUGGAGGAGCAGAUCGGACGGCGACGGGAUAUCGAUAUUCGGGUCGAGGAACAUCUGGAUCGACCACUGCGCGCUGUCGCACUGUACAGACGGGCUGGUGGACGCCAUCAUGGGGUCCACCGCCAUCACCAUCUCCAACAACUACUUCUCCCACCACGAUGAGGUCAUGCUCUUGGGCCACGACGACCGCUACUCCCCCGACUCCGGUAUGCAGGUGACGAUUGCGUUCAAUUACUUCGGGGAAGGGCUCGUGCAAAGGAUGCCGAGGUGCAGGAGAGGGUACAUCCACGUGGUCAACAACGACUUCACGGAAUGGCAGAUGUACGCCAUCGGCGGCAGCGGCGGCCCCACCAUCAACAGCCAGGCCAACCGUUACACCGCCCCCGCCGACCCCAGCGCCAAGGAGGUUACGAAGCGCGUGGACACGGACGAGGGGGACUGGACCGACUGGAACUGGCGGACCGACGGGGACGUGCUCGUCAACGGAGCCUUCUUCGUCCCCUCCGGCGACGGCCAGCGCCUCCCCGCCCAAUACGAUAAGGCGUCCAGCUUGGAGCCUAAAUCCGCCGAGCUCAUUGGCCGCCUCACCAUGAACGCCGGUUGCUUCGGAGGAUCCAGGGACAACAACAAGAUCUCCGGCGGAGGGACGGCCAAUAGAGGCGGUAGCGGUGGCGGCAGAAGCCAGUCCGGCGACAGCGGCAACUUCUUUGGAAUGAUAUUCGGUAGCGGCGCUCGAACCCCAUCAUCACCCCCUACCCCCACCAUCUUUCCCUCAUUCUUCUUUGUUUUAAGUUUGUUCCUUGCCUUAAACAAUGGUGGUUUUGUAGCCCAAUUGUGAUAAAUACUACUCCAUUGUUGGUGCACAAAGAAAUCAAGGGAAAACCAAGUAUUACCCCCCAUUUCAAAGAAAAUAUUGGAAGAAGAAAUGGUGGCAUUUUUACUAGGAUCCGCACCUUCUUUUUUUGGAUGAUAAUUAUGAUGGCAGUAAAUAUUUUGUCAACUU